AUGUAUAUGUAUAAUAAAAAUUUGUUAAAAAUAUACAUUACGUUGGUGAUAUCUAUCACAACUACCGCUGCAUCUUUAGCAAAUGUUACAGGAAUUCCUUCAUUCCAAAAUUGGCCUCAACUUGAUGUGCCACCACCAGCGGUUGCUGCUUGGACUGCUUUAGUUGAUAAAUCAAAAUAUCCUCAAGCCCCUAAAAAUCCAGUUGGAUACGCCUGUCAACAAGGCGCUGACACUUAUUGUUCUUUC